AUGUCUACAAAUACCCCAUCAUCUACUGAACAGCCCCAUAGCUGUUCCAACAACCCUAGUGUCAAGCCAGCGGACGCAGAGCUGUGGCACGCUUAUUUACGCGCUAUAUCUGAUUACUUUCCAUUUUCUGAGAAGCCUGAUGGCUACCGCAUCUACACCGCGCCCCUGACCAGUUUUGGGGUCACUAUUGGCAGGGCGGUCGACCCUGCCAUUGUCAAUAAUGACCUCUUUCGUCUCGGCGAUCUGCUGUUACCCCCGGACAGCCCAGUCUUUCUCCCCAGACUCAGCUAUUCUCAACGUCUUCGCAGAUACCUGAAAUGUGUAGUACUGCCACCAGGCCAACAUGACACAGAGAGCCUCACUAAGUUGGAAGAUGCAAAGAAGCAUCUGAAACAAGCAACUGAAGAUUUUAUCAAGUGUCGUGCUCAAGCCUACGAUGCAUAUAAGUCUGAUCCAUUGCAUGUUGCCAAAGGCGGAGCUCAGGUUGAAUUCGAUGAUUGGAUCAAGGAAUUCUACCCUUCAUACCACAUAAUCUCACUAUGCAAGGAUGCAGCAUCUCAGGCAGCCUAUGAAGCGCAGUUGUAUCACUAUGGACCCCAGACUGCAUCACUCUGGAAUGACAAAGUGCAAUUGGACCAGGCCUUUCGAAGUAAUUCCUUAAACAAGCCAUACAACAUGCCAACCUCUACAGCUCAAGUAGCUCACGAAGCAGUUGUUGGGUCAAAGUCUGAAACCCCUCUUCCAUUAGAGAUCGCGUAUCAGCCAAGGUACAAUAUUGACGCCAGAUUCAUGGAAACUGCGAUGAGUUGGGUCAUAAAUGCUAAAAACGGAAAUAAUAAAGGCGUUGAGAUCAAGUUUCGGUCGAACUCUUUCCGUAAACCGACAAAACCACCUAACUGGAACGAUCUCGGAUUUAACAGAGUGAAACUCGAAAAUCACAGUGAGGUCGUCCCACGCAUGCCACUUUUCACGGCAGAAACACAGGAAAAGCCUACUUCUACAACCACGCCAACAUACCAAGUGGGCUUGGACGCUAAGAGUGCAAGCGUCAAAGUGACCAUCAAGGCUUCGGAUGCUGCCGUCUUCCCUAUCGACCCUGAUUCAUCAUGGGAUAUCCCGGACAUAACUACGAGGUAUCCAAGAUUGCGAGCCGAUGCACCAAAGGAUCUUUUCGAUCCACUUGUUCUAGUCACUCAUGUCUUUCUGGGGUACCAGGUCUCAAUCAAAAUGAAGUUGGACGAGACGAGCUUCAAUGAAAUUGACGAAGGACUUUCGAAGUGCAAAGACUAUGGAGGGACAGCUAGUUUGCUGGGCCUGUCCUUAGGACCCCAUUCCACUGACUCUGUGGUCGGAUUCGAGCAGGUCCAUCGGGACCCUGACGCAAAGACCCUAACUAUCCCUCCGAGGGAUAACUCACAGCUCACACUUAUCGGACUGAUGGGAAUGCAGCUUGGUGCUCCGAAACCGGACUCGUCUCAAAGGUAG